AGAAACGCGGACGUGACGUCAUAGAUAAGUACCUCUGUAACCAUCUACUUUCCGUCAACCAGCCAAGAGAACGGAGUGUAAAUCGCUCUUUGGGUUUGCACACACAAAAAGACACUUCUGGCUGUCAACGUGGGCAGAGCUGACGGUUCUCUGAGAGUCUUUUGUUCUCUCCUCAGAUCGCCCUGUAACCAGCUUUCCAAAUGAGUGACGGGGAGUGUGACUUCUUCUGUUUCUUCCGCUGCUGCUGAGCGCGCUCUCUACGCGCCUCAGACCGACGGGAAGGCAGGGUGUCUCUGAACAGUGACACAAGCAGGCGGAAACGGGGAGGUGGAGCUUCAAACAAGCUAUUUCAGCCAAUCGGACCACUUGGAUCCGACAGGUAGGCAGACUGUCUACCUGUCCGGGUGAUUGAUUCAAUCGACUGGAUGUCUGUGGACAUGAACAGCCAAGCGUCAGACAGCAAUGAGGACUUCGGGGUGAACUCUGAAGAAGAGGAUGAGGACGAUGGCGGAGAAGAGGAGGAUCAGGGUGACAUUGCAGGAUACUAUGAUGGCGUGGCCAGUGAUGUGGAGCAACAGGGCGCUGACUCCUUCGACCCAGAGGAGUACCAGUUCACCUGUUUGACCUACAAAGAGAGUCAGAGGGUGUUGACGGAGGAGGUUAACACUGUGGCUGCUGCACUGAAGGUUUUACCAGCAGUAGCAAAGCUGAUCCUGGUGCAUUUUCACUGGCAGGUUUCACAAAUACUGGACAGAUAUAAGUCCAACUCCUCUCUGCUGUUGUCCGACGCUCUGGUCCAGCCCAGCAGCACCUGCAGAUCAGUCACUGCCCCUCAGUCCCUCCAGUGUGGUGUGUGUCUACAGGUCGUACGGAGAGACUCCCUGCUGGCACUGCCCUGCCAGCACUCCUUCUGCAAAGCAUGCUGGGAGCAGCACUGCACUGUACUGGUCAAAGAUGGCAUGGGAGUGGGUAUUUCGUGUAUGGCUCAGGACUGUUCCCUGCAGAUGCCAGAAGACUUUGUCCUGCCGCUGCUGCCAGCAGAGGAGCUGAAGGACAAAUACAGACGCUACCUCUUCAGAGACUACGUCGAGAGUCACUUCCAGUUGCAGUUGUGUCCGGGUGCAGACUGUCCCAUUGUCAUUAAGGUGCAGGAGCCCCGGGCACGCAGGGUGCAGUGUAGCCGCUGCAGUGAAGUCUUCUGUUUUAAAUGCCGUCAGAUGUACCACGCACCCACCGACUGUGCAACAAUCCGGAAAUGGCUGACAAAAUGUGCAGAUGACUCGGAGACGGCUAACUACAUCAGCGCACACACUAAAGAUUGUCCUAAGUGCAAUAUCUGCAUUGAGAAGAAUGGAGGGUGUAAUCACAUGCAAUGCUCCAAGUGCAAACACGACUUCUGCUGGAUGUGUCUUGGUGACUGGAAGACUCACGGCAGUGAAUACUACGAGUGCAGCCGCUACAAAGAAAACCCUGAUAUAGUCAACCAGAGCCAGCAGGCUCAGGCCAGAGAGGCCCUCAAAAAAUACCUCUUCUACUUUGAGAGGUGGGAGAAUCACAACAAGUCUCUGCAGUUGGAGGCCCAGACGUACCAGAGGAUCCAGGAGAAGAUCCAGGAGAGAGUGAUGAACAACCUGGGAACCUGGAUUGACUGGCAGUACCUCCAUAACGCUGCAAAGCUACUGGCUAAGUGUCGCUACACACUGCAGUAUACGUACCCUUACGCCUAUUACAUGGAGUCCGGUCGAAGCAAGAAACUGUUUGAGUAUCAGCAGGCACAGCUGGAAGCAGAGAUAGAAAACCUGUCAUGGAAGGUGGAGCGGGCCGACAGCUACGAGAGAGGAGUGGUGGGAGGCGAGGGGGAGCUCAGCGCCAGUGACAGAGGGGAUCUGGAGAAUCAGAUGCACAUUGCUGAGCAGAGGCGACGCACGCUGCUUAAGGAUUUCCACGACACCUGAAGCUCGAUAGCGACUGCAAAGCACCAGCAUCUCCCUCCUUACUUACUUCCUUGCCUCCUACCUUUGCCAUCCCUCAGUGCAGUGAUACUGCCCCCCUACUUUUGCUUCUCUACACUCGCUCAGUUGCUUCUUUCUUUCUUUCCCUCCCUCCUCUCACUCCCAUAAUGCUGCAGGGUCACUGAAUGGCACCAUUGCAUCUCCCCUUCCUUUUCUCAUUCUCAUCCACACUUCAUUUACAUGUUUUAGCUUCAGAGCAUCACAUUCACCGUGGUUACACUUGUUGCAACUUUUCAGAUCUGAUCAUGAAGGUCAAGUUUUGAGGUGUUGUCAUAUUUCUGAAAACAGUGGGUAGACACCGACAUGAACAGUUACAAGCAACAUGUUGCCUGUUGAAAAGAGUGUAAAUAGUCAGCUGUUAUUCUCCAACAUUAUUCCUGUGAUGCUGGAAUAAUCAUUAGAGAGAAAAGUAAAACUGCUAAGGAUGGAGAAGCUUUUGUUAUUAAGCAGAUGAAGAUGUUGGAGAUGGAAUACAUUUUCUUUAGGGAGACUGCACUGAUUGUGGAUCUGUAGUUGGUGGUUUCACAUAGACCAUAAUGACUACCGGGCUCUUGCUGGCUACCUGUAGCACUUACUGGAUUGGCCUGAACACAUGCAAGUUGAUAUUCUGAACUUUACACACAUUAAAUUUACCUCUCCUAAGCUGCAAAAGGUUAAGUGAAAUAAAUGAAUAAGAAAUUGAUUACAGCAAAGAUGGAGUAGUAGUUUUAUGGAAGAAGCUAUUUGUUUACAUCAGCAAUUGUAAAACCUUGAAACUGUGCCAGCUAGUGGAGUGUGAUACUUCUAGAUGAAACUCUGUCACUGGCCUGGCUCUCUUUGAACAAACUUUAUUAGUCAGUGCAGAUGCAACUUGACAUGCCUUUGAACAAUUCUCAAUGACAGAUUAUGGACACCUUUCAUUGUGAAAGUGCUUUUUUUUAAUAUUCUGCCAUAAAUGUGUAUAUAGUGUGUUUACUGUUGAAAAAAUGUUGACCUCACAGUUCCACAUACUUCUUAAAAUACUUGAAUGCAUGUUCACAAUACUAAAGAAUAAGAUGAAUGUGUGUUUAGAUGACAACUAUUUUAGAUUUUUUUUUGCCAGUGUUGAACAAUAAACACACCUUCCCCCUCUGUUUCUUAAAGUUAGAACAAAACCUGACCUGCUACUGCUACAAAUAGUCAUUAUGGUUGAAGUAAAACUACUGAAUUACUUACUACACAUUCUUGUCUCUUCACAUUCUCAUACUGAUAUUGUUGCUUGAUUGUGUUAAACUAAUGUAGAUCCAAACCAGUGUGAGCCAGACCUUCUCAUUAAAAAUCUAACAUUUGCACCUCCACUGAUCAGAUGAUAGUUGUUUUAAAGCACCAAGUGUAAUCUCAGCGAUUCACGCACACUACCACACCACCCAUUGACAUUGACAUAGCAUUUGUACACACAUGCUCAAACACUCUGCUACAGAAAAUUAACUGUUAACUGUUAAUUUGCCUCCUUCCCCCAUCUCGUGCUUUCUUCUCUUUCUUUACAUUCAUCCCCUCACUCUGUUUUGCUCUUUAUUUUCUCUUUUCUUCCUGCUCACAUUGUUCACUUUUCUUCUGGAAAAUGGCUGUUGAUAGAUUGUUCAAAAAAAAUGAAAAAAAGAAAAACAUACAAAAAAAAUGUUGUAAUUUUCAAUGGUUGUACAUUAAUACAGAAAUAGUUACUGAGAGUUUUUAAAACCAGA